CUCUUCGCGCUCUUUUCUUGCCGAUUUUGAAACUUUAGGCAUCGGAGCGGGCACUUGUUCUAGGUGAUACGAGUUGUUUAUUGCAGAACUUAGGGUCGUGUUUGCAGCAAUGGCAACAAGACCGCGUGAUUUCGGUUAGGGUGGAAAUCAAGCCUUUGCAGACAGCAGGAAUGGCGACCCUCUUAAUCAAAACAUGACUCCAGGGCCCACAACAACCUUUUUGUGACCGUGAGACUUGAAGCGACCAUGCGGUUCAACGAGAAAGAGAUGGCAACGCUUGCCGCGGGAGCUGCUGACAAGGAAGGGCGUCUGAACCACCGGAACCUGUCUUUCAGAGAAGUGUUCAAGGAAAGAUGGUUCAAGUUAAAAGGAAAUCUACUGUUCUACUUUCGCUUGAACGAAUAUGGGGGAGUGUUUGAGAAAGAGCCUGUGGGCCUAUUUGUCAUCGAAUGCUGCAAGGUUCAGCACGAGCCAAGCGUCGACUAUGCGUUUGCAUUUUCCAUAGCAUUCUUAGAUGAUGCGGACCGAAAGCAUCUGUUCACGUGCACAACACAGAAGCACUGUGAUGAGUGGGUGAGCUGCCUGCAGCAGGCUGGCUACGAAUACCAGAGGGGUCGCCUGCUCUACAUGCAGCAGAAGAUCUUGGAACUCACAGGACGGGACCCUCUGGCAGACUUCAUUAGUCGGCGAAAUGGCAAUGCUCCGGGGAGCGUACAGGCCAUUCAGAAGGCACCUGAAAGCAACAGCAGCACUGCAGAUGGGAAAAAGAGAACCACAAUAUGGCACUGAUAUCAUGCCACUAGGUCACAGUACGUUGUGGUCUCUCAUUGCCAUCAUCUUCAUUCCCAGCGCUGCAUGAGUCACACACGCCAAGUGGAGUAUCACUAAUCCUGCUUCACCAAUCGUUUCAGCCCUUCUUGGGUGAAGUCAUGCCCUGUUUAUGACUUCUGAUGUUGUACAUUGCAUUUUAAAUGUGUAUGUGUGUAUCUAGAUGUUCCACCACUUGUGCCUGCACGUCGCUCAACUGGUCCUUAUCCGACCGAGUCUGGGGGGUGCUCUUGCGAGAGUUUACUCGGUGAUACUGAAAGUUGUUUGCAUGUGAUUAGAGCAUUGAAUGUUUCCAGGUGCUGUAUAUUAAUACCACUUGAUUAUACUUUAUCUUUAAUAGCACCGCUACUUUUAAAAUUUUUGAACUGUUCGUGAAAGGAGAUUUCAUAGAAGACGGGUGAUAUGAUGAACAGAACACCUUAUCAAUUUAUCACGUGCCAUGGAGCCCGCCUUGUGCACAAGGUGAUGAUGUGGUCUGGUUGAUGCAUGUUAUUUGUGUUUUUUUUUUCGCCUUCUUUCAUCAAUUCAAUGCAGCGAAACAAAUAUAGUAUAGAUAACCUUUGCUAAACACAGCAGUCUGUUCAUUGAACACUGUAAGACAUGUUUAUUCAACACCUUUAUUUUAAUCAUCAGCAUCAGUUCAUUAUCAUAGUUACAACAGGAGUUUCCACAUUAUCUCUUAUCCGUGAAGCACAGCUGGUUUGUGUACAAGAAAAAAAGCAUUUAUCACUGUCAUAAUAAUGCAGCUUUUUGCACACAAGACAAGGACGAAGAAGAGGCUUAGACACUGCACUCAUGUGUCUCUUUCUCGGCCUCGUCUUGUGCGCAAAAAGCUGCAUUCAUGUCCCACCAACAUGCCUAAAUAGUCACCUUAGUCAUAUUAAUGUAAAAGAGGGAAAAAGCAGCAUUUUAGUAGACAGCUGAUGAUACUUAUCCUAUUGGUUAUGGCAUAAGAAGAAUAAAAUGACAAUUGCUCAGGUUGAGUGGAGCCCCCAUUGUUCUAGCCUGUCUGUAGUUGUAUAUCUGGGCUUUUAGAUAAAAGCAGUUUAUUUUUACUGGUUCUCUUCUUCGUUUUUUCUUUCUUUUUUUUUUGAGCAAGUUGUACAGUAAGACCUUGUUAGUUCGGAUUUCACCAGACUGAGAAAAAUGUCAAAAUUCACCGAAUGUCGAAUUAUUGAAGGUAUCAAGAAAACAAGUAAACGCCUACUGCAUCAACAUGCCUUUGUUUAUUGAACGAAUCAGCAAAUCCUGUUUAUAUUUUGCACAAAAGCAGUGUGGAAACUGCAAUUCUCAUCUCGUGACUGAUUAGUGCUCGCAGUAGCGAAAACCUCGCGACUUUCUUCACAGCGUGGUCACGGCCUUCAUCUGAGACUCUUUUCACUACCAUGCGCACAUCCCGAUUAUUUUUUUCGCGACUGUUGCCAGGUAAACGCCCAUCGCGAUGUAGACGGUGCUCCUCAUCCUGAACAGCUUCGCGCCGAGUAAAAACAAAACUACUGUUUGCCGCAACCACCGUGCCGCUAUCGACGGGAUCAUGUAUGGCAAUGAUGCAGUCGUGAAGGCACGCGACCAAUGUGGUGCUAAGUGCAGCUGUACAUGCAAGAAGAAAGGCUUUAAAAGCUCAAAUAAGCACAACGCAUUCUGGUGUCACUAUCAUUGACAUUUGAUUUCCUCUUAUGACUGGUGAUGCGAAUUCCGCCGCUUCAUUUUCGUGAACGCUAACGCUGUUCUUGCUCUUUUGCGUCACUCAUUUGCAUUGCUCCGCGCUUGCUGAGCUCCAAGAGUUGUCUGAAUUAAGUUCGUUAAUGUUAAUACGUUAGAAUUAAUGAGUUUCAUUACUUUAAAUAAUCCGGCAGUCCCGGCAGGCGUACUAGAGGACGAGUCCGAAUCAUCCGAUUUUCCAAAUUAAUGAGGGUCGAAUUAACCAGGUGUCGCUGUAAUGGUAUAGAAAGCAGCCAGUUAUACAUGGUGUCCUACAUAACUUGAGCCAAGAAUUUAAAAAUAAAAGGUGUGUUGGAAGCGAAUUGAGCCUAAUGCAUGCUAUUUACAAUAGCGUAUAGUAACUCAGACAAUUUUUUGCUUUUCCCAUAACUCGCUAAUUAAUUAAUUGCCCAACUUUUACAUUAUUAGCAGAGGACCCGAAGUACGAUACGCAGAUUUGUAGCGCACCUUCAGAAACCACCAAUCGAGUUGUUUCCUUUAUUAUACGUCUCACGUAGUCCUGUUUUCCGGGUUGCAAUGAAAGCCUGCGACUAUUAAUGCCUAUAUAGUAUAUAAUAAUAAGACUAUAUAAUUAUAGUAUGCAAUCGGUUCAAUUCACUUCCGACGUGCCUUUCAUAUUUAAGUUCUUGGUUCAAGUUAUGUGGGACACCUGUAUAUCAAGUCUGCUGCUUCUACUGUUCUCCUUUGCAAAGCAGAACCCCAUUGGCGAGAAUUUUUGUGAGAGCAUCACAAGUGUCUGCAUAGCAGAAGUGGUGGUGCCGAUAUCUUGCGACCCUCUAUAACCAAUGCACGCCAAACUUUUGUUGGAAUGACUGAUCUUUCUAGGGUCUCAGUUGUGCUCUUGGGACAAAAGAACCACAACAAGAUAGUCCGAACAAUCUAAAGGGCACUUAUUGCGCCUUUUAAACACUAAUCCCAGCUAGCCAGGUUUGAAACUAAUGAAACAUGUCGAUGGUGCUGACAAAUAGACAAAUUUUUUUUUAUGUUAAACAUCCCUAUACUCAUCCGCUGAGCUUGCUGCUUCAGAAACAUAACAAAUACCAAAGUAGCUGCACUAUCAUGGCCCCUUUGUGCUGCAUACAUUUCUUGCACUUCAGUUCAGGAAGGCUUAAAAACUAUCGACAGGUUAUGUCCCAUCUAUGGGUAAAUUCAUGCUUGCUUGAAUGAUUGGGGCAAGAUGGGAAGGGGGCAAAUCCAUAGUCUAGCUCAUUCAUAUUAUCCUGCACGUUAGGUAACAAAGUAACACCUCUUGCAGCACUCCACUUGCAACCCGAGCCAUAGUCACGGUCGCAUGAUUUUCUUGUGUUGGGGUACAGGCUGCAUAGGGAUGAUUGCUCCAUGCCAGGAGGCUGCUUUAAAAGAACAUUAAGGAGAAAUACAUUUUAUUAUUGAAUUGGAUUCUCUUAAAACCUCAUUUGCAUUUUGUUUACAUAAACGGUGUCAGGAAAGAAAGUUUCAUUCUCAAAUUUUGUGCCAGAACUACGGUGGCGAUGACUUUAGUGUGACAUCGCAACAUAUACCCUGAUAUUUGGAUUGUUUCUGCUGAGGAAAAUGUUCAAAAAGUUACCAGCCAUAGCCUGCGCUUGCUUUCGAAGGCAGUUGACAUAACUUCAGUGGUGCUUCCACUUUCUUGCUUUCUCGUAUAUUUUGUGGCUUGUGAUGGCUCAGAUCAUGGUCUCGCUCACUUGUUUGGUACUUGGUAAUGUGAUAUACAAAUCCAGGUUAUUCAACUCACUAUUUCUCCACAGUGUUCCUUUAAGGUGUGUACGGUGCUUACCAAUGAGUAGGAAGUCCAGUAUGUCCUUGUAUUAGGAAUGGUUUGGUCCAUGUGUGCCCAACAAAUGUAUUGUCCUUACAUUCCACCUGGAAUGGCACUUCGAGUACCUGUAUCAUAAAACUGAACUUGCGUUUUAUGUCUCUGCUGCCGAGAAUCGCAAUGCUCUCCAUGCCAUUGGUGCGCGAACAUAUAUUUUGUGCCUUUGUUGUCAUGUGCCUCAUAGAAGCACUUGUGAUGAAUAAUUGUCCAGUGUUCCAAGGGUAGCAGCCCCCCACUACCUCCCCGUUAUUGCUGAAACGUUGUGCCGGCCAUAUAAUAAAAUAAGGGGGGAGUUUUCUUGACAUGACUGACUGCUUUGAACAAAAAGCUGCAGUCAGCUGUAAAUGCAGACUCUUGUAAUAGUUUGUCUUGGCUUGAGCUUAAAAACCUUAUAACAGUAAGCAUAUGUGAUACUGUGUGUUCUCUUCAUUGAAGCAUUUCCAGCAGCUGCACAUUGUGUUGCAGCAAAUGUUAGCACAACCUUCUUUUUUUCCUUCUCGGCUUUGUAAGCCUGAAGGACUUCAUUAAAUCAGGAAAGCUUAGAAAAUGGUUGAAAAAUUACUGCUGAUCUCAAUUUUUUUUUUACCAAACAGCUCAACUCUUUCUUUUCACCACUGGGCUCUUUGAGUUUUUUUCUUUAAGUUGUCUUUGAUACAAAACCUUGCAUCCACCACUGCUUGUAGUCUUAAAGGCCAACUGCACCAAAUUUUCACUUUGGCUCAGUUGGUUAUAUAUUGCAGCAACCUUGUCAAAAUCUAACCAGGCUACACCUGCACCUGGUGGUUAGCAGAUGCGACGCGGUUCUCAGCGCAUUGCCUCGCAGAUCUUCAACGUGCCACAGGUGCCCCCUAACCUUGCUUCUCAAUCUUGUUCUCAAUGUUCUGGGUCCUUCAGCGAGAGUUAAUGGUGCUCCCCCCCUCCUCCCCCAAUUUUAGAAUCAAAAUUGUCAAUUUUUGCAAGUUGUUUGUGCCGUAUCCACAUGUAUUUCAAAAGUUAAAUUUUGCACAGCGGCUGCUCUGUGUGCAUUACUGAAAUUAUGCUUUUUACGUGUUCAUAAAUUGGUUUGCAGUUGGCCUUUAAGUGCAGUGAGUUGAUAAUAUAUACAUUUAGUAGUACAUAUGAAAUAUUAUUUGUUGAGAGUUCCAUUGUGCUUGCUGUUGUUCACAGGGGUUUUCACUGCUGUAUCGUGCAAGUAACCAUUGUGCCAUAAUGUUACAAGUGCCGAUCUUUUAUAUAGGUUUGAUAAACAUGUAAAACUACAUGAAGGAGAAGCCUCUUCUAAUCACUGUCUGAUGUUGUUAAGCAAGUUGCAGCAAGGAGUUUAGUAGAUAUUUCUGAACUGAAGUAGGCAGCUGCUGUUAGUGUAGGUGCCAUGUUAUUUGGGCUGAAUGGCCCUAAAGCCUUCAAAAUCAGCUGACAGUGGUUGGACAUGAAUACUGUGGAGAGAUCAAAUUAAGUUGCAAUCGGACACUGUACUUCAGUUACUUUAUUUAUUGACAAUCUUGGCCUGUCACAUCAAUCUGUGCAAUGCGAAAAAUGGAAUACUCAUGGCUUUUAAUACAGUAUUGUAAUGAUGCUUUAGGCAAUCGUAGAUAGGUAUAUUGAAAGUCAUUAUUAGCAGAUCCAGUAGUAUAUUAUGUCAGCAAAAGCUUGAAUGGGCUUUUGCUAUGUUUGUUUUGUAAAUAUCUCACAGAUGAAGACACGUUUUGUAGAGUGUAUAAGAUCCUUGAUGUGUUCACCUCAACAGUCCUCGGCAAGGAGUUUCUGAGGCUGGGCACAUUCAUGAAGGAAAUAGUUGGUUCUGAUUGAUGUUGCCAGAUCAUUGUAUGAUGUUUUAAAUCUGGCUUUUAACAAUGUUACCCCAUUGGGACCAAUAAAUGCACAUGAAAGCCUAA